ACUGUUCUUCAUCAAGAAAGACGGCAAAGAUGGCCAAGAUCACAACCCUUUUCUUGACGAUUCUCCUCGUCCUCUGCACGAUCUCAUCCUGCUUUGCUCACCACAAGCCGGUGUUUCUCGAUGUUACUCCGGUCAAGACUGACUGUGCGGGUGUCGAAACGAAGCAUGACGAUGACUUGUUGGAUGAGAGCUGCAAAGGAGUUGGGGAAGAAGAAUGCUUGGUGAGGAGGACUCUGGCUGCUCACAUCGACUAUAUCUACACCCAAAAGCAUAAUCCUUGAACAUAAUUUCCUCUGUUUGGGAUGUGAAAUAAAUGAGAGGAUUGAACAGUUUAGUGGGCCUCUACUAACUUUCUAGUGAGUUAUGAAACAUAUACCAUGUUGGGAAUGUGAAAUUUGUUCAUCACUGAGAGUGGAUUCCGAGCGAGUCUGCUUCUGAGAGUUUGUUUCUUAGUUUCAAACUUAUGUAUCAUUUGCCCUACUAAUCUCUUUUUGAGAUUAUUUUAUUGAAUGCCCUUGCAAUCA